AGAGAGUCAACUGGUCGGAAAACUUGAAAGCCUAGUGAAGGUGAAAGACAAUAAACGCCGAUAGCGACGGCGACGACAUCUAGUUAACGGCAAUGGCGAAAGGGCGGAGCUUGAAGUCGACGAAUAUUAUCGUUCUUCUCCUAUGUCUCGUUGCUUUCUCUACUGUUUUCGCUCCUCUACCUUCCCCUCUCUCGAAUUCGCUCAAACCCCACAAUCAUCAUCAUCAUCAACAGGUUGUUAAUGCUCGAAAGUUUGAAAUUGCUGAUGAUAUGUUCUGGAAAGAUGGAGAGCCUUUUAGAAUCAUCGGCGGGGACUUGCAUUAUUUUCGUACUCUACCUGAGUAUUGGGAAGAUAGGCUAACAAGAGCAAAGGCUUUGGGCUUGAAUGCAAUUCAAACUUAUGUUCCAUGGAAUCUGCAUGAACCAAAAGAGGGUCAACUAGAUUUCAAUGCUAUUGCAGAUAUAGUUUCUUUUCUUGAGCUGUGUCAGAAGUUAGAUUUGCUGGUCAUGCUAAGGGCUGGACCUUACAUAUGUGCAGAAUGGGAUCUUGGUGGUUUCCCUGCUUGGUUACUUACUAAAAAACCAGCCAUCAGACUGAGAUCAUCAGAUCCAGCAUACCUCUCAUUGGUUGAUAAGUGGUGGGGGGUACUACUUCCUAAAAUUGCUCCUCUUCUUUACCACAAAGGAGGGCCUAUAAUUAUGGUUCAGAUUGAGAAUGAAUUUGGUUCCUAUGGAGUUGACAAAGACUAUCUGCAUCAUCUGGUCAACUUAGCAAGAUCACAUCUCGGGGAUGACCUGAUAUUAUAUACUACAGAUGGAGGCACUAGAGAUACUCUCACUAAAGGAACAAUAAAUGGAGAUGCUGUCUUUUCAGCUGUUGAUUUUUCAACUGGAGAGGAUCCUUGGCCUAUUUUUAAUCUGCAAAAGGAGUUUAAUACACCAGGAAAAUCACCACCUCUUUCUGCUGAAUUUUACACUGGUUGGCUUACACAUUGGGGAGAGAAUAUUGCUAAAACUGAUGCAACUUCUACAGCAUCGGCCCUUGAAAAAAUUUUAUCUAGGAAUGGCUCUGCUGUGCUUUAUAUGGCUCAUGGUGGAACCAACUUUGGAUUUUAUAAUGGUGCAAAUGGUGCUCAGGAAUCCGACUACCUUGCUGAUCUUACAUCCUAUGAUUAUGAUGCUCCUAUUAGUGAGUCUGGUGAUGUGGAUGGGGCAAAAUUUAAAGCAUUGAGGAGAGUUAUAGCUAAGUAUAGUGCAGCUUCUCUCCCUCCAGUUCCUAAGAAUAAUGAGAAGACAGGAUAUGGUCGAAUUCAGUUAGAAAAAUCAUCAUCUUUAUUUGAUAUACUGGACACUAAUGUGCACAUUAAAGCUAUUGAAUCUUUAAAUCCAAUUUCAAUGGAGGCUGCAGGCCAGAUGUUUGGAUUCUUAUUAUAUACCUCUGAAUACGUAGCAAAUGGAAAGGGGAGUACUUUGUCCAUACCAAAGGUGCAUGAUAGAGCCCAAGUGUAUGUUACAUGUCUUUCUAAAAACAAGAAAGAAAGACCACAAUAUGUUGCAACAAUUAAUAGAUGGUCAAAUAAGCCUGUUAAUCUUCCCAACACUGAGUGUGCUUCCACUAGUAAAUUGUUAAUUCUGGUUGAAAACAUGGGUCGUUUGAAUUACGGACAACUCUUGUUUGAUAGCAAGGGCAUACUAUCCCCUGUUUACUUAGAUGGGAAACCUCUGCUCAAGUGGAAAAUGCUCCCAAUUCCUCUCAGCAAUCUAAACGAACCCAAAAAAAUAAAUCCCAUUUUUGACAAACCAUAUUCCAGUUUCAUUAGAGCUUCUACUCGCAAAACCCCAAAAAGCAGCUUGCGAGUGGAUUUAAAAGAACCGGGUUUUUAUACUGGUGAUUUUGUUGUUGACAAAGUAACAGACACAUAUAUGUCAUUUAAUGGGUGGGGUAAAGGGGUAGCAUUUGUCAAUGACUUCAAUAUUGGAAGAUUCUGGCCGUCUUUCGGCCCCCAGUGUAACCUCUAUGUUCCCGCUCCAGUUCUUCGACGUGGGAAGAACGUCUUGGUUAUACUUGAGCUCGAAAGUCCAGAGCGUGAGCUUAUGGUCAAUUCAGUGAAUCAGUCAGACUUCACUUGCGGUUCGAAACAUACGAGGGUACGUCAGCUGUAAAGGAAUAAAAAAAACAAUCUGCGGUUCGGUUUGGAGUUUGGUGUCGAAUAAAUUUAAAUCGGGUUGUUUUUCUAUUUUUUUUUUUAAUAUUACUUUUGUUAAUUGUUGCUGAGUAAUUAAUGUUGACUAUAAUUACUAACAAAAAACAGUUGAAGAAGUUGUAUUUAUGUAUGUAAAUACACAGGUGACUUCCGAUCCA